AGGUACUAUACAAGAUUGCUUACCUGUAAAUUACAAUUAAUGUACCUAAAUUUAAAGCUUGAAUAGUUACUUUUGAAUUACGGAUGUAGUCAUGUUCUUAUGGGUGAAUAACUUUAUUUUGCAAGUAAGAGAUUCCUGAUUCAGCAUUACGCUUGCAUUUUUAUUAUAUUAUUAGCGGAUUUAAGUUAGAGUUAGCUGAACUUUAUUCGGUAAAACAUCGCAUACUUAUUGUAACUUAAUUGAACCUAAUGUGCAUUUCAUAUUUUGUGAUGGCUGAUGAACUAACCGAAAAUUUGUUAAGACAGUGGGGAUUCUCACACAAAAUUGAAGAUUUUAAAGAUCAAAGUAUUGAUUACGCAACGCUACAAAUUCUAACGGAGGCCGAAUUAACGCAAUUGCUUCCUGUGCUCGGUGAAAGAGCAAGAUUUAGGCAACUGUGGGCUCCGGAAAGAUGACAUGGAAAAAGUCGGAAAUACAGAAAAUUUUUCGUUUCUUACUGAACUGAUGAAUGUGGAUCUUCCCGCCAGCACAUCUUCCUCCCCAGUACCGCUUCUUCUUACUGACCAAGCUGGGAGCUCUACUUUUACAGCAGUAGAUGUUUUACCUCCAUCUAUUCUAAAGGAAACCACCAAUUUUAAUGAAUUCGAAAACCAAACAUGCUACCAAAUAUUGACAAAGUCAACGUUGGGGAAGGAAAGGCCCAGGACGGAUUUAUUGAUAAAGCAGACAGAAAAAGGGUGGCUAAUUUAAUUAUUAGUUCUAUAUUGGAAGCAGAACCUACCAAAUCUUUACCAAGCCAUUGCCACCUCAAAUUUUCUCUAGAAUUGCAUCAAAUAUUUAAGAAAGUUGACCCUUCUGCAUUUUUUACAACAUACGCAAAAGUGGAUAAAUUCAAUCGGAAAAGGAAUCUUGGAGGGCCCCUAUAUGUGGCGUAUCUUAAGAAAAGAGCGGAACUUAGAGGAGCAAAUGUCCUUCCUAAAUCUUCACGAUCUAGUAGUCGAGAUUCCCGUAGUUCUACGCAAAGCGUAGUAGAUGAAGAUUAUAUACCAGUCGAAAACCAAGAAGUUCAAGACAAACUGAACUUUUUGAAAAACACCAUUCAACCUUGGUCGGUGGUAUUAAGUAAUUGGAAAGCUGCUGUUAAUGCUAGGAAACGCGAACUAGAAAGAAACCUAACUAUAUUUCAAUAUUUUGAUACCUACCCAGCAUUAAAGACAUCCGAAGGUUAUAGACUGUUGUUAGAAGAUUUUACAAUCUUCCACGAAGGUAAAGAGGACAAGUUUUUUUCUUCCUUCAUACAAGCGCAAGAUAAAAUAAUAGAAAUAUCUGAAAAGAAAUGCAAUAAAGUAGUGGACAAGGAAGUGAAAUCUAUAAUUGAACAGCUGGUAGCGCUUAGGAAAGGAGCAGAUUUAGAAGCCAAAACAAACGCAGCAAUUUUAUUGCUACCGUUUCUCGUACCACUACCUUCAUCUAGGAAAAAGGGUGCAAAGUUUUGGCGUCCUUCCACAAUUGAAGUGCGGGAUUCCUUCAUUACACUGGUACCUUCUGACACCGAUAUACCAACCGCUGUGAAGGAGAAAAAGGAGAAGUUGUCCCAGUUGGAUUUUCGGCAUCAUUGCCUGUCACAAACUUCGAAAGUUGAUCAAGAUCGUUUUCUACUGAAAUACAUGGGUAGGUAUUCCCGUACCUCGAAAACGAAAGCAGUGUGAUGACCAUAUGCCACAAUCAAUAGUAGUGAAGUAUAAACUACGAAAGCACAGUGGUGAAAUAGUACAAAUACAGUAAGAAUUUUCUACAUGGUUAAUAAAAAAAAGUAGGUACCAAAUACAUUUAAGCUGCAACAUCUAAUCGUUUAGCUAUUUUGGCUAGAUACUUUAUGCUUACUGGUGAGAUGCCUCAAGAACGGCGAGGGAGAGAUCGGUGUUAGGGAGCGAACUCAUAAUUCGACACGGUAGAAUUAGAAAUGAGUGCCAUGAUUAACGAGCGGUAAUUUCCGCCCAUUUUGGGAAAAGGACUCCCUAACCACCUUACUUUAUGUAUUCAUGUUUUCUAGGCUUAAGUUUAGUUCAGUAAGCGCAGUUGUAAAUACAGUCCACUUAG